UGUGUGUGUGUGCGUGUGUGUGCGCGUGCGUGUGUGUUUUAGUGUGUGUGUGUGUGUAGCCACUGAUUGGCUCCCAACAUGUUCUUUCCGAUCUCCACCAGAAGCCGUGCAGCUGCGGAUUGUGCGCGUCUCCAUUUUUUUGUUGUGGCUGUUUGUCCUUUUUUUGCAGCAAUCCACCACUAAAUAACGCAAGCGCUGCGCUUGGCGCAAAGCCCAUCCACCUGUUAGCGUCUCCAUGCAGCUGGAUGACGCGCUUCUUACUGAGGAGAUGCUGAGAGAUCUGUGGUGACCUUGUGGAGAAGCAUCCGGGCAGACGGGAGGUGGAAGCUGGAGGAGAAAGGAGCGCGCCGAGGAUCCGGACGUGUGCGCGCAUUGACAGAAGGUUAUGCCCGCGUCUUCUCACCUGGACCCCCGGCUGCUGCUGCUCCUGCUGGGCUGCUGGAUGGUUGGCGGAACUGUGCCAGCUGCCCCGGUGAACGUGUCGGUGACCCAGUUGAGAGUCCACUCAGCCAUGGUGACCUGGAAUGUUCCUCAAGGAGACACCGUCAUUGGAUAUGCAAUCUCACAGCAGUCGUGACAUCAGUAUGCAGAUAAGGGAUUUGAAGAGGCAGGAUGGCCUGAUGCAGCGCUCCAUUCGCGAGGUGAACACGUCAAGCCGCUGGUGUGUGCUGUGGGACCUGGAUGAGGACACACACUACAGCGUGCAGGUGCAGUCUGUCGGGCUGCAUGGUGACAGUCAACCGAGCCAUGCCCUCCACUUCAGGACACUGGAAAGAAGCGACCACUAUCCGGCUGGAGUGCUGGACCACCAUGAACCAGCCAUGGAGGGUUUGGGUAUGACGCCUCACUUGCAAACUGGAGAGCUGCUCAUCAUCACCACCGUGUUACUGCUUUGGGCAGCCGUCAUCGCCCUGUUCUGCCGCCAGUACGACAUCAUCAAGGACAAUGACUCAAAUGGGACCAGGGAGAAAGCCAAGAGGCCGCUGGUCCAAGCUGCUUCCUCCUACUACAACACCUCAGCCCCGAGCUCGCCAAUCUACCACAAUGGCGCCGUCCGCAGUGGCAGGCUUCACAGAGCCUCCUCCUCCAUCAGCAUCAUCCGAGUCUGAGAGAUCGGCUUUCGGGAUCAGCAGAGUCUAUUUUCAAGUAGAACACGGGCACCGCAAGCACGACUUCAAGCAAAUAAACUUGAGAAAAACCUCCACAAGUACAAAGUGGCCGUUCUGAAUGAGGAAUGAGGUUAACUACUGCCAUCUUGUGGCAAAAGACUUGAAUGGUUAGACGGCGGUGACGAAAAACGGAUGCUGCAGAGGUUUUGCUUUUCCCGCUUCCGCACUCACUUCCUGUUUCCGGUUUUGGGUUCAGCUGAUCCUACGAUGCUUUUCUAUUAUGUAUUUGUUGCCAAAGGCAGGGCUGUAAGCUCGUGGCUGAGCAGACGCAGGAUUGUGUUUGUUUUUCACUAUUUAGUCAGUGGCUGUGUCUCUUACGGAAAUAACUGUCGUAAGAUUUAACCGCUUUUGAACUCGAGUUAGUCCCGCCCUUUCCGCUACGUGGCCAAGAUGGCGAUGACUGAGGGUGGUUUCUUUGACAAUUUAAGGAGUUGUUUAGUUGGGUUGUUUAAUUGAAUAUGAGAGAAGGUGUACUUAGUGUGGAUAAUCUAGGUGUUACAUUUAAUAUGAGGAAGGAAGCAUAGGUUUCCAUAUGGCACUAGUGAGUCUGUGAAUGCAGCCAAAACAGUACUGCCAGGGGGCGGUAAUGCACCAAAGUGAUGGAUGCCAACCGCCAUAAAACCGAAGAAGAAGACCGAGAGCCGUUGUGUUGGGCUCAAUUCGUGACACCCGUCAUUUGAGCUUGUUGAGAGCAACGUUCAGGUACGCUGCUGUAGUUUGAACGCGCUUAUGCACUCAUGUGUAAGUAUGGAAGUGCGCGAAUUGAGACAAAGCCAAUAUCACAUGAUACGAUUACUAACAUCACCCCAGUGUAUCACACUUCUGCUUAUAAUUACAAUGUAGACAAAUACAUAAGAACACAAAUUCUGCAUUGUACAAUUCAUAAUGUAUUUAAUAAAAAUGAAUUCAUGUUUACCGUUAAACUGGUGCAUUUUAAUCCACCAUUUUCCGGGUGUUGAAUUUUCACAUGUGAACAGCAGAUGUCGCUUGAGCUCUAGUCUGCUGCUAUAAGAGGGCUUUCUUCACGUGAAGAAGGAAAUAGGCGUAAAAAGCUUGUGUUUUUCCCAGUAAUGACCCAGUUCAGUUGGAAUAAUGAAAACCAAGUAAAUUAGAGUGGAUGUAAAGAAAAAAGUGAGACGAUGUUGAAAAGAAUGCAUAAUUCUAUAGAGGCAAAUGCCAGCCCAGGGUCAAAGAUCAAGCACCGUCGGCACUCCUUAACCUUCUUUCUUACACACAAAAUAUAUUCCUGCUCUAUUUUGCAUUGCCUCAGCACCACCACGGCCUGCCUUCGCUCUCCACGCACGCUGCAAGACAAAGAACCGGAAAGGGGCUUUGGG